AUGUCCACCACAAAACCCACAAUCCUCCACCUCGGCGACCCCAUAAAAUACAACCCAGACCUCUACACCACAUUCAGCACCCACUUCACCGUCCUCCGCCCCCCAACCCCCGAACGCACGCGCGAAUCAUUCAAGACCGCCCUGCGCGAAAACCGCUAUGGCUCGUUCACCGCAAUCCUCCGCCCCUUCUGGAACACCGGCGGCGAAAUGGGCAAGUGGGACAAAGAGCUCAUCGACCUGCUCCCGAAAUCAGUGAGGAUCUUUGCCUCUGCGGGGGCUGGCUUCGACUGGGUUGAUACGGGGUAUCUUGCUGAGAAGGGGAUAAUAUACUGCAACGGCGCCGCGGCAUCCUCGGAAUCCGUAGCAGACAUGGCCCUCUUCCUGAUCCUGGCCAGCUUCCGGAACCUCGCCUGGAGCCACAACGCCGCGAUCUCGCAGAACCCACGGGCGUUCCUGGACGCACAUCAGAAUAGUCCCCUCACGGCACGGAACCCGCGCGGCCACACGCUCGGCAUCAUCGGCCUCGGACAAAUCGGGCUCACAAUCGCGAAGAAAGUCCACGCCGCCUUUGGAAUGAAGAUCCUAUACCACGACAUCGUGCGCAAACCCACCGAGGUCGAGAGAAGCAUUGAUGGCACGUUCUACGCGACACUCGACGACAUGCUGGCUGAGUCCGACUGCGUCGUUGUCGCGACGCCCUUCGCGGGCGAGACGUUGCUAACCCGCGAGGUCUUCGGGAAGUUUAAGAGGGGGUCGCGGUUCGUGAAUAUUGCUAGGGGGUCGCUGGUUGAUGAGGAGGCGGUGCUGGGGGCUCUGGAGGAUGGGACGCUGGUGGGCGUGGGGAUGGAUGUGCACGCCGACGAGCCAAAUGUGCAUCCGCGGCUGGCGCGCCAUCCGAGGGUUAUGAUGAUGAGCCAUAAUGCGGGGGGCACGGUGGAUACGCACAUUGGGUUUGAGAGGCUGGCGAUGGAGAAUAUCCUGGCGUUUUUCAGGGAGGGGAGGGCGCUGACGCCUGUUAAUGCGCAUUUGGUUAGGAGUAGGAGUGUGCUGUAG